CUCCUGUCUCUCAUACCUUUCCCCUCCCCCUUCCAUCCGUACCUUCCGCUAACACGGGAUUUCUCUCGUGUAUAGAUCUUUUAUCGUCUGGAGAGAACCUCGAUUUCUACAAUGGUUAAAGCGGUUGUUCUCGGUGCAUCUGGUGGCAUUGGCCAGCCCCUGUCUCUUUUGUUGAAGGCAUGCCCCCUGGUGGAUGACCUUGCACUUUACGAUGUCGUUAACACGCCCGGUGUCGCUGCCGACCUUUCCCACAUCUCCUCUGUUGCUAAAAUCUCUGGAUACCUCCCCAAGGACGAUGGAUUGAAGCACGCCUUGACUGGUGCCGAUAUCGUUGUUAUCCCCGCUGGAAUUCCCCGGAAGCCUGGAAUGACUCGUGAUGACCUUUUCAAGGUUAAUGCCGGCAUUGUGCGCGACUUGGUCAAGGGCAUUGCCGAGCACUCCCCCAAGGCAUUUGUUUUGGUAAUUUCAAACCCUGUCAACUCGACUGUCCCCAUCGCUGCAGAGGUGCUCAAGGCGGCUGGCGUCUUUGACCCCAAGCGUCUCUUUGGAGUCACCACCCUCGACGUCGUCCGCGCAGAGACCUUCACCCAGGAAUACUCUGGUCAUAAGGACCCGUCUGCGGUGCAAAUCCCAGUUGUCGGUGGCCACUCCGGCGCGACUAUUGUUCCCCUCUUCAGCAAGGCUACGCCUGCUUUUCAGGUUCCCGCAGACAAGUAUGACGCGUUGGUCAACCGCGUUCAAUUUGGUGGAGAUGAGGUUGUGAAGGCCAAGGAUGGUACCGGUUCCGCGACCCUAUCCAUGGCCUACGCUGGCUUCAGAUUUGCUCAGAGUGUUAUCAAGGCUUCCAAAGGCGAACAGGGCAUCGUCGAGCCAACCUUCGUGUAUCUGCCUGGUGUCACCGGCGGCGAGGAGAUCGCAAAGGCCACUGGUGUUGACUUCUUCUCUACCCUUGUAGAACUUGGCACCAAUGGAGCCGAGAAGGCCAUCAACAUUCUUGACGGCGUGACCGAACAGGAACAGGGCCUCAUUCAGGCCUGCACCAAGGACCUGAAGCUUAAUAUCGAAAAGGGCGUCGAUUUCAUCAAGAACCCACCACCCAAGCUUUGAAGCAUGUGACUGCAGACGAAUAAGCGAUUGCCGAUGGAUUGCUCUGACCCAGGGCUUUGACUUCGAGAUACGAGUGACGUGCAUAAAUGAAGUAGCCAUGUAUUCUUUAUGCCUGUGCUUCGCGGUUUGUAGACUUAUUUAGCAACCCGUUGAUGGCAGAUACAGCCCCAGCAGAGAAUCGGGAAAUAUUGAGUGUUGUAGUGUCGCUAAAGCUCUCGGCAGUGACCGCCAAUUAUGGCAAUUGGUUGCCCGAAGAGGAUUAAAGUCACCCAUAUUCAAGGCUUGGGGUUGACGGUUUUGAUUUGGAAGGUUGCGCCUGGAAGCUCAGCAGAUUCCGCUUGGACAGUAGUUGUAAUACCUAAAUUCGAUAGAGCACCGCGAAUGACACCGCAUGGAAACCAUAAG